GCCCUCCAGCCCUGCGUGCCCGGCUGGGUGCGCGCUGUGUCCCAUCCCACAGCACCCACGCUGCCCGGGGAGCACUUGGGUCACCUGGGCAGCGGGGAGCAGCUGUGCGGCACAGCGGGAGCCGCCCGUCUGCUCCCCUCAUUGCAUGUUGGGAUUGUGGUCUCUUAAGCCGUGUUUGUGCAGGCAGUGGUAAGUCUGGUGGUCACCGCCAGGCAGGCAGGCAGGCAGCUGAUGGGAGCUGGUGUUGCCUGGACAGCUUGUUGCAGGGGAGCACCUGGCCCUGUAGAAGCAAUGUGGGCGUCCCACAGUGGUUUCGCACCCGGAGUCUGUAGUUGUUUCACCGAUGAGGGUAGCACAAGUGGUUGUACACAGAGGGCAGAAGCUCCAGGCUGCAGCACUGUGCCUUUCCUGGGUGCUCUUCCGAGGGCAUUCACUCUGUUCAAGGCAGCCUGAGAAGAGAAAUUUACAAGAAUUCCGUGUUUGUUUUCACUCCAGUAAACGCAAAUCCCUCUUGCAACACGGGCAGCCUGGCCCCGUUGCCUUGUACUUUAACAGAGAUGAACUGGAAGUGUCUCCUCCAGUGGCCGUGCCAGGGGAUGAAGUCUUGGAUUACCCUCAGCACAGUGUGAGAGGCAGCUGCUGCUCCUCUGCUGUCCCUUUUGCUGAUCCUAAGUGGUACCUCAGCUGAUCCUGUCCUUGAUGCAAUUUUGCCUUUGGGUUCAAUCAUCUCUGCUGCUGUUCCUGGUGUUUGAAAUUGUCCCCCCACUUCUGACCUUUCAUCUCUCAUUCUCCUUGCCGUAGUACCUAGGAAGCCUCUGGUUGUGUCAUAAGCAUUAACAUCUGCUUUGAGGUUUGUCAUGAUUCCUUUCAGUUUCUUCUUUAAAGGCUCUCUUUCCCCUUGUCUCUGCCAUCCUCGCCUUUGCUUCCAUUGAGAUUUUACCUCUUCGUCUGAAAGAGUUCAUAGAUAGAGAGUUUUCAGUUUUGCAGAUGCUUUGCCAAAUACAGCCUCUGUACCGUGCUACAAGACGUCACCAUCAUCCCCCUCAUCUUGACUCACUCUGGCUGCGAGUCAUGCUGGGCAGUGUCUAAAUGUGUCCUGCUUGUGUGUGAGGCCUCCAUAGCGCCGGUAGUACCCACGUCUCUGAGCUGGCCUCCGCUUUCUGUUCGUGAGAUCCUCUGUUCUGUCAGGGCCAAAGGUUUCAGUUUUCUCUCCAGCUGCUCUGCUUAGAAUUAGCAGUGACAUUAAAAACUAGUAUGAACAUACAACAGUUUUAAAGAGCUGUUGAUAUGGGAUGGGAGGAGCUGAGCAGUAGGGGCAGAGAGGAAAGGAGUGAUUCUCAGAGCUUUACAGGGCACCACCUCUGCUAGUGUCAUGGGAGCCAUGGCUGUGUCACCUCUUGGGGUUCUGAGUGCAGCUGAGGUGUCCCUGCAGUGGGUGACAUCAGAUGGACUUUGUGACAGUAGUGAUGUGAGCUUAGGUGGGACAGCCUGAGCUGUGCUUACCUUAGCACUUCACUGCCUUAACUGAUGAUUUCCCCUCAACCUCCAGCAAAAGUAUAUUUCUAAUCACGUUGCUCAACCCCACUUCUGAGUGACACAGCUUUUACUUUGUCUUAUUUUUAGAACCUUUCUGUUGGGAAAUAAAAUUUAUUGCUUCCUUCUCAGGAGCACCUAGGGACUCUGAAAGGAAGAGGUCCAGGUAGCAGCAGAACCCCCGCAGCAGAACCCCCGCUGGGGAUUGAGAUUCUUUGGAAAUGGCGGCAAGCAAAGAACAGUUUCCAAGUCAAACUCAAGUAAUUUCCAGAUUUCUGGAUUUCCCACCCAGCAACCAAAGCAUCAUAAUAGGCUUCUGUCCAAAAGUUAUUUUGAAGAAUAUUGUUUAGGGUGCAAAAUCAAGUGCUACAGUGUUAAGGAAUGAGCCCCAGUUCAACUUGUUUUGGAUAUGUACUCAAGGUGUAAUGACUAAUUUUGUAAUUGUAUGCCACUUACCACCAGUAGCCCAGCCACAGGUACUGCACAGUAGUGGUGGUCUUCUCUUGGGGUUUUGUCUGUUCCUUAUUCUAAGUUGUAUUGUUUUAGCCUGUCUGCAAAACUGGCAAGAGACACAACCGUGCACCUUGGGGUGGGAGAAGACAGGACUUUGUAACAGUCUGUAAGGUGAAAGCUGCCACAGCAUACAGAAUUUGGGAAACUCUUGUCUCUCAAGCUGGUGUUCUGGCCUUUGUAUGCUUGAGUCCCCACUGCCAGAGAUUAAAUAUCCAUCAGGCAUCUUGCUCACAUGUUGUGGCAAGGUGUUCUGCUUUGCAUUAAAAAUUGAUGCUGUGCUCUAGUUUCCAGAUGACUUUUGUUUGCUUGCUGUCUGUCUCAGCAUGAGCUCCUCUUGCUUCCUUGCCAUGCCACUCUUAACCCACACAAACACCACCAGCCUGCCCUCAGCCACGUCCUGCAACAGAGCAGGUGAGAACACUGACAGCCAGAGCCCAGCAGGAGAGAAGCAGUGGUUUGAAUUACUUGUUUGGUACAUGGUAGAGCUCCUGUGCCACACAGGAGGCCAGAGCUUGCUUAAGCAGCCCUUUACUUGGUAGUCCUGGUUCUUGAGGGGUUGGUGAUCCAACCUCAAAUGUAUUCAUAUCAAUGAUUUUUGAUAAAUCAGGUCACAUACAAAAGCUAAAGAGAAGCUAUUUCUUUUUAAAGGGAGGAGAUUCCUCUUCCUCCUGGGAGCCAUGUGGCAUUAGGAGGUGGAGUGCAGAAGAGCUCUCAUGUUUCCCACUGUGUGAAGCUGAGCAGGGGGACUCUUUGGGAUCUGCUGAGACAAGCAACAUGUCCUAACAAGAAGCUGCAGUGAUCAGCGUUUCCCUGGUGGGAGAAGGCUCCUCUCCUCAGCACCAUUAGUUGCAGGUUUGCCCUGCUUGCUGCACAGUCCAUUCUGUUGGGAUUCAUAGGAUCAGCUCUGCAUUUGCUGGAGCCACAGUCCCUGCAUUGGCACCAUCUCCAGCUGGGGCCCAGGCAGCCUGGCUCAAUGGGGUAUUGUUUAUUCCACCCAGGAAUGUGCAGGCGAGCAGGGACCUCGGGGAGCUUUACACAGCAACAUGUUCUGCUCUGAACAGGGAGAGUGACUGCGGGUGGCCACAGCUCUGAAGGCUGGUGGGAGCGGUCAGGGUGUGCUGGUGUGUGGGUAAAGUCCUACCCUAGAAAUGUGCAUGAGGACUGUGCAGGCUGUGCAGAUGCAUUGGGGUAUGGAGGAGGGCUGUCCAGAUUUGGAGAACACGGGAAGGAACAGAGGAAAAAGGUAGAAAUAUCUUAGUAUGUAGUUAGUAAGCUUCUGUUCUUGACACAAUGGUGUGAGAAGCCAAGCAUUAACUCCUGGUUCCUCCCACUGUGUGCUGGAUACUGUUCCUGCAGCCUAGAGUGCAGCAAGAGCUGCAGCAGCUCUCCUGUCAAAGCCAGUCCCAGCAGCUGGAGGGUGCACUGAACUGAGGGGUGUCUCUGUCACUGGGGGUGGAUUGUGUUUUCAGUGAACAGACAUUGAGCUAUAAUGAGUAGAAGGAGGUAUGAAAAGACCUAGGUGAAAUGCAAGGUGUUUUUCAAUUUUUAAAAAGAUCACUGACAGUAUUUGUUUAAUAUUUUUAAUACUAAUUUCUCCAAUAAUUUUGUGUCAAGCUUGUCUUUUGUACGUGUCUGGGAGUAUGACCGUUCCUCGUCUACUGUUCAUGCAGGUUCUGAGAUUUUUAUAGAGAUUGAGACAUCUGGACAAGAAUCCACUUGUCCCUCUUGUGCAAAUCCUGCGUGCCUGUGGAAGCCCACAUGGCAUGUUUUGGUCUGUUUGGUGAAAUGUUAGUUUUUCAGUUACAGUACUGUCAUACUGUCCAUAGUCAGUUCUAACAGUGCUGCUUCAUGAGUGAGAAGCUGGAAUGUAUUAUUUAGUGGGGAAACAAGUGGCAAUAGCACCUGUUAAGUUUGGUCUCCUUGCUGCUUAAUUUGUGGCAUCCAUCCAUCACUUUUUUUUAUCCCAUGGUCUUAGCAGUGCUUUGGGAUAGGAGUGGAUUAGCUGCCCUCAAACCCUUUGGGUCUCCCUUUUUACUGGAGCUGUUAAUACUUCUUGUAAUCAGUCUAAAUGGUCUCUUCACAUUGCUGCCUUAUCUCUUAAGUGCUUAAAAUCGUUGCUUCAGCAUCUUUAGUAGUCCUGCCUCCAUCUAAGUGAGGGUACUUUUAGCAAGUGCCUGACAAUUAGAUUUGAUGCUGGUGAGUCCAUUAUUCAAGAUUUCUUACGCUGCACAAUUUCACCUGCAAAAAGAGGAGGGAUAGAAGAAGUUGUCAGAGUCUGUGUGUAAAUGCCUUUUCUCGGCUGCUGUGACUUGACCCAGUCUGUGCUGAAGAUCUUGAAACAAUAUUGUAACAGAGUUAAUAGCCAUCAUUUCAUUCUGGUCCCUCCUCUCAUCAGCCCACGCUGGACCAGACACACUCCAGAGCUAAUAGCAAAAUGGGAUAAGCAGUGUUCCAUGAAGGUAAUGUUAGUUAGUAUGUGCUGAGCAUGCAUGCAGGCUGGGGGCAGUGAUUAAUGCCCUGGGAAUCCACUCUCUGCCUUGCUGCACAAUGCUGUUGUGUCAGGCUCGGAGCCUGGCACCAGGCAGGCUGUGGUCGGACGCCAGGAACACGUUACCUGGUUUGUGCAGGAUCAGGCAGUGAGACAGAGCCUGUGUGUUCUCAGCAGGGCGAGUUCCUGCUGCGCCACAGCUUCAUACUUGCACAGUGAGGUUCUCUUUGGAUGCGGGUCUGCUGCUGGGCGGGGGCAGGAGUCCUGCGAUCCGCAGUCCUGACCUCCGCCAGCCUGAAAUCCCAGAGUUUGCUCAGUUGUGGCAGAGCUCUCCCUCCUUCCCUCUGGCAGGCAGGGAUCACCCAUCCUUGAGGUGAGAGGGGAUGGUGCUUGGCCAGCUGUCAGGAGCCGUGACUCACAGGGGAUCACAGGCAGAGCCCUGCUCUCCCUGCAAUCUGCUUUUACUUCUGGAGCCUCUGCGUGAGCUGUUGCUGAAUGUUUGUUUUCACUAGAUCUAGGGUGGAUCUCGGAGAAGCUCGGGUCCACUAUUAAGCCUAAAGAGUUGGACUCAGUAAGUUUCCAGUCUGGAAUAUGCUGGGAGGCUUCCUUCUCUAGGUGGGGGUUUGUAGAAAAUGUUGGCAGGCAGCACUGCAUGGAGUAAGACAAGGCCAAGGUCCUGGAAAACAUAAUAUUUUGCGUUCAAUUCAUGUCAUGGAGCAACCAAACUCUGCAAGACUGAUUCACUACUUGCAAAUACAGGGGCAUGCUGUCUAGACUCAGACGGAGUCAGGGAGUGAUCUUGCUCUUCUUGGUACUGCUGAGGGAACAUGAGCCUGCUGGGAUUCUUUUUUUGGCACUUUCAGAAGUUGCUUCAUGCUUUCUUACGAGCUGCCUCUCAGGGAAUGCUUUGGACGUGAAUAGGUUAGUGGUUUAUUAUAACUGUAAUUAGUAUAUACAUGCCGGAACUAUUGCAGUCCUGCCCAUCCCUCUCUAUCUUCUGUCUCAUUGGAAAAUCUUGCACAUUUUAAUGAUGAGUCCCCAGAGCUGCAGGUGUGUUAAAUGAAGUGACACUCCUAUUCUCAUGGGCAGGAUCAGUGGGAGGGCCAUAUUCUCAGCCCCAGUGACUGCAGCAAAGCCAGGGUUUGGGUCUGCAGCACACAUACUGUAAUCCUUGCAUUCCUCAGCCCAUUCUUACAUUACACCUUUGACCGAAGAAAUACAAGAGAUCUCACUGUACCAUCAUGUGCUCCUGGAGAAACUACCCCAAGGCAGCAAUUAUGCCUGCAAUAUGUUUUCCCCUCUUUGUCCAGUGCUGCUGUGAAGUUUGAAUAUUCAGAGUACGGCGAGGAUUCCUAGGAGCCUGAGCUCAGCUGGCAGCCUGUCUGGGGGUGGAGGGCAGCCCGGAUGCCUGCAAAGGGCUGCUGCUGCCGCGCCUGUUGCUGCUGCUCCUGUUCCCAUGAGAACAUGCAGCAGGCAUGCCCCAGCCACCCCACCUCAAACAGCACAAGGAUCCUAACUUGUCUUUAGUAUUUUCAAGCUAAUUGAUGGAUCUUCCAUCUUUUUCCCUGCUCCACAUGGUCAUGUUUUUAACACUGUUACUCCUUCUGCUUCAGUAGGUUUCUGCUACCCUGAACUGCAGCUCUUUGUGCUCCUGAUUCACUCCAGUCCAUUCAUGUCUUUUUGGUGGCAGAGUGCUGUCUGCUGCUGGAUAUUGGGCUCUUUGUUUGUACAGCCAGCACAAAGCUGGUGACAAAGGGACAGCCUGUGUCCCAAGGAGCCCACGUGCUAUGGGGAAGGCAGUGGAGAGCAAUAGGAUCGACAGACAGGAUGGCAGAGGAGGUGAGUCGGACUGGAUAAACAGAGUGGUCCCGUCAGCAGAACGCCUUUCCCUGGCUGGAUCCCCCACUGGCACUCUCGCUGGAAGUUGGCCGCACCUCGUCAGCAGGGACGUAUUUCUCCUCGCUGUGUUAGCUUCCCCUCUUCCUGACUCUCCGGGGCUCAGCCUUAGGCACCGACCCGCCUUCAGACCCUGCACAAUGGAGGCUGGCUCCGUGGUACGGGCAGUCUUCGAUUUCUGUCCCAGCGUCUCUGAAGAGCUGCCCCUCUUCAUGGGAGAUGUCAUUGAGGUGUUGGCUGUGGUGGAUGAGUUCUGGCUCCUCGGCAAGAAGGAAGGUGUCACAGGGCAGUUUCCUAGCAGCUUUGUUGAACCUGUGGAUAUUCCCCCUUUGAAGCAGGGAGAAAAAUUGUUUGUUUGUACCAAUGACUUCACAUCUCAAGAGCCAGGGAGCUUGUCACUGCAGAGAGGAGACUUGGUGAUCCUGGGGGGGUCCCUGGCCUCCAGCUGGCUCCAGGGCCGAAGCAGCUGGGGUUCCAAGGGCUUUUUCCCCUCAUCAUGUGUGAGGGAGCUGUGCCUUUCAGUUCGGAGACGUCAGCUGUCCCAGAGCACUCUCCUGGAGGUGCCUGCCUACUCACUGGGCCAAGCCCGGGCCCUGAUGGACCUGUCUGCUCAGCUGGAGGAGGAACUGGACUUCAGGGAAGGGGAUGUGAUCAACAUUGUUGGUGUCCCAGAGCCUGGCUGGUUUGAGGGUGAGCUCAGAGGCUGCAGGGGCAUCUUCCCAGAGGGUUUUGUGGAACUGCUUACUCCUCUGCGAGCACCAGGAACCUCAGUGGAUCCAGAGCCCACAGGGACUUGUGACACCAAUGGGACAGUAGACAUGCCCCCCAAAGAUGACAACGAGCCAGGGAGUACUUAUGGUGUUGCCCUCUAUCAGUUCCAAGCCCUGGAGUCCCAGGAACUGGAUUUUGAUGUAGGUGACAGGAUUCGGAUUGUAGGCAUUCUGGAGGAUGGCUGGCUGGAGGGGGAGCUGAGAGGAAAACGUGGCAUCUUUCCACACAGAUUUGUGAGGCUGGAAGCCUCUGAGGCCUGCAGGGAAAAGGUGGGUACUGGGGAUCUGCAAGGUGGAGGCAGCUGUGGAUUGACCAUCCAUCAAGAUCCAGAAAGCACUUGCUCUGAAACUCUUCCUUUGCCAGGGAAAGAUAGCAGGGAAAAGGAGGAUGGCUUGGCUGUAUACCCUGAGCCUGCCACCAUUUUGUCUCACAAGGCAGGGAGGUCAGAGGGUCCUCUUGGCACUGACUUGAGACAGCACCAGGCCUCUCCCAGCACGGGACCCCAAGAGCCACAUCCAAAAGGCACAGGGGGCUCGGUCUCCUCUAACCACACGAAGACAGUCAAUGGCAUUCUCCCCUCUGCUCAGCUGCCUCCCCCACAGGGCAACAGGCCUGGCCAAGCAGGUGAAUUGGAGCCUGGGGGGACCCUUUCAGCCUCCCCAGGAAACUCAGAAACUCACCCCCUUCCUCAGCACGAUGGAGACAGCCCCAUUGUGCCCUUGCAGGCUCCCCACUUCCCCCAAAAUCCUUGCAGGAGCCAGGCGAUUUCAUCUCCUAACAGCUGGGCAGCAUCUCAGCCCCAGGAGAGCCAGAGCAGCACCCAAGACCUAGACAACUGGAUGGACAGUAAACAGGAGAAGUCCAAGCCCUGUUCCAGCUUAGGAAUUGCUCAGGUGGGCCUGGACACACGGGCUGGGAGCUGGAGGGAGUGCUGCCCUCUUGCAGUGCAGGGGGAUGGCUGCGUGGACCUGGACUCCAAACUGACAGAGCAGCUGGCCCAGUUUGAGAAGAGUCUGUCAAGUACUGGUGUGGAGCAGGACAAGGUCUCCCGUCACUUCUCUAUCUUGGACUACAGCUCUGAGAAAGACAUUGUCCGUGGCUCUCCUGAAGCUGUGUCCCACUCCAGGCAGGCAGAGAGGAGAAGGGCCCUGAGGCCACCCCCUCCUCGGCCCAGCAGCCUUGCGACAACCGCUGUGCACGUGCAGGGUGGCCAAGUGCCCAAAGGCAGGUCCCUGUCCUUCUCGGUCAAACUCUCCCGGCCUGCACCCCGGCCCCCAUCCAGCAGCCAGCGGAAAAAUGUGGUCCCUGCACAGCUUCAGCCCAGCACCCCAGAGCAGCAGGUGGAGGAGGGACGUGAGGACUUGACACAGGCAGGAUCAGCCUCCUCCAGCUCCAUCCUGCUGACUAGAAUUGGAGAGGUGGAGCGAGAUCUGGAGGCGUACAGCAAGACCCGUGCCGAGCUAAGGCUGAUGCUGGAGGAGCAGCAGGAUGAGCUGGUGAGAGCAGAGACCAUGGAAAACCUUGAUUUCUGUGACUCCAACAUUGAGAGCCUCAGCAUGGAGCUGCAGGAGUUGAGAGAGAUGACUCUCCUGUCCUCCCAGACACCAUCCCUGGAGCCGUCCUCGGCCGCCACUGAGAGCGCAGAGCAGAGGAUGCUGGAGAAGAGGGCCAAAGUUAUUGAGGAACUGCUUCAGACAGAGCGGGACUAUAUCAGAGACCUGGAGAUGUGCGUGGAGAGGAUCAUGGUGCCCCUGCAGCAGGCACAGAUGCAGAACAUAGACUUUGAGAGCCUUUUUGGAAACAUCCACAUGGUAAUUAACUUCUCCAAGCAGCUGCUGUCCACCUUGGAGGCUUCAGAUGCCAUUGGGCCAGUGUUCCUGACACAGCGUGCAGAGCUGGAGAGUGUCUACAGGGUGUAUUGCCAGAACCAUGAUGAGGCCAUUGCACUGCUGGAAACCUAUGAGAAGGAUGAGAAGAUGCAGAAACUACUUCUGGACCUGCUGGAUAGCCUCAGGAGCCUGUACAGUGAGUGGGGUUGCACAAACUACAUUAACCUGGGCUCCUUCCUCAUCAAGCCCGUGCAGAGGGUGAUGCGGUACCCACUGCUGCUGAUGGAGCUGCUGAGUGCCACCCCUGAGGCUCACCCUGAUAGGGCACCACUCACAGCUGCUGUCCUCGCAGUCAAAGAAAUCAACGUCAACAUCAACGAGUACAAGCGCCGGAAGGACCUGGUGCUAAAGUACAGAAAAGGGGAUGAGGAUAGCCUCAUGGAGAAGAUCUCCAAGCUCAACUUCCACUCUAUCAUCAAGAAAUCCAACCGUGUGAGCAGCCACCUCAAGCAUCUCACAGGCUUUGCACCCCAGCUAAAGGAUGAAGCCUUUGAAGAGACAGAGAAAAACUUCCGGAUGCAGGAGCGUCUGAUCAAGUCCUUCAUCCGGGACCUUUCCCUCUACCUGCAGCAUGUCCGGGAAUCAGCUUGUAUGAAGGCACUGGCAGCAGGGAGCAUGUGGGACCUGUGCACAGAGAAGGGAAGUGGGGACUUGGACCAGUUCCAGAAAGUGAACCGUCUCAUCAGCGACCAGCUCUUCUCCAGCUUUAAAGAGCGGACGGAGCGGCUGGUGAGCUCGCCCCUGAGCCAGCUGCUGAGCAUGUUUGCGGGGCCCCACAAGCUGGUGCAGAAACGCUUCGACAAACUCCUCGACUUCCACAACUGCACCGAGCGAGCGGAGAAGCUGAAGGACAAGCGAACGCUGGAGGAGCUGCAGUCAGCCCGCAACAACUACGAGGCCCUCAAUGCGCAGCUGCUGGACGAGCUGCCCAAGUUCCUGCGCUUCGCCAAGGAGCUGUUUGCCAGCUGCGUGCGGGGCUAUGCCGAGGCACACUGCGACUUCGUGCGCCUGGCCCUGGAGGAGCUCAGACCCCUGCUGUCGUUGCUGAAGGUGUCUGGCAGGGAGGGGAACCUGAUUGCCAUCUUCCAGGAUGAGCACAGUCGAGUCCUCCAGCAGCUCCAGGCCUUCACCUUCUUCCCAGAGUCCCAGGCGGCUCCCAAGAAGACUUUUGAAAGGAAGAGCAUGGAACGGCAGUCUGCCCGGCGGCAGCCCCUUGUCGGCCUGCCAACCUACCUCCUGCAGUCAGACGACAUCCGAGCCACCCUCCUGGCCCGCUAUCCCCCAGAGAGCCUCUUCCAGGCUGACCGCAAUUUCAAUGCUGCCCAAGACCUGGAUGUCUCCCUGUUGGAAGGAGACAUUGUGGGCGUCAUCAAGAAGAAGGACCCCAUGGGCAGCCAGAAUCGCUGGCUCAUAGACAAUGGGGUGACGAAGGGCUUCGUGUACAGCUCCUUUCUGAAGCCCUACAACCCCCGCCGCAGCCAGUCAGACAUCUCCGUGGGCAGCCACUCUUCCAACGAGUCGGAGCACGGCAGCUGCUCUCCCCAAAGCAACGCCACCCUGACCUUCAGCCCCAGUGGGGCGGCUGUCACCUUCACUCAGAAACCCCUCCAGGACUCUGCCUCACCAGCAGAUGUGUACCAGUCCCCACAGCCCCCACUGGAGGUGGACUCCCCCUCUCUGCCCCAGCUUGGCUCUGGUGACAGGACAGCCCCACUGGCUGGGACAGUGACGUCUCAGCGCCGCUACAGCCGCCUUGAGCCGGGCUGCAGCCCCAGCUCUCGCAACAGGCACCCCACCAAAGCACAUCUCAGGCCCACACCCUCGAUGGAGGACAGAGACUCUGGGCUGGAGAACAGCGAGUCAGAGGGCAACCAGGUCUACUACGCUCUCUACACCUUCAAAGGCCGAAACACCAACGAGCUGAGUGUGUCAGCUAACCAGAGACUGAGGAUCCUGCAGUUUGAGGACAUCACAGGCAAUCAGGAGUGGUGGCUGGCCGAGGCCCAUGGGAAGCAGGGCUAUGUGCCCUCAAGUUACAUCCGGAAGACAGAGUACACGUGAGACAGCAGACAGAGCCUGCACCCCAUGCCUUGUUCCUGCUGAGACUGCUAGGGGCCUGGGGGAGGCUGGGCAGCCCUGCAGCCCCCACUGCUCACCCUGAGGCUAUGCCUCUUACAGCUGUGCAGUGCUUCUGGGCCCCAAGACACUGUCUGCCAUUACCCCUUCAGGGGAGGGAAGAAGGGUGGGCUGGCCGGGUAGGCAGGAGCAGGCAGCUUCUAUGAGGGCAGGGGUGAGUUCACCCCUGAGGUGUGUUUGACAUCCUGUGUCCAGCCAGGAGCAGGGGAGCAAAGCUUAGGGCUGGGGCCUGCCCAGGAGGGUAAGGCUUGACUAAGGCUGAGGAGCUGCUGUGGAUUUAAAUUGUGGAAGGCUAUUGCUGAGUUUUUGGAGGUUGUCUUUAGUCAAGUAGUACUAAAAGCAGCUCAGACCCUGUGAAUGUGCUCCCUGUGCAGCAGGAGCCUAGUCUCACCUGUCUCUGCAGGACUGGGGGUGGGACAUUUACACAUUGCCUGGGGAAGCAGCUCUGAGGGUUGCUGGGAGUAGUUGAGCUCCAGGCCUGGGAUGGGUAUGGCCUCUGAAACCCUCACAACAAAGCCCGCAGCAGGUGCCUUCUCCCAGGGGCUUGGCCUUUCCAAGAUCUGCUGAUGCCAGCAGCCAUCAGGUUCUCAUCUUUCAGGUGAGCCAGAAGCCCAGAACACCAUACCUUUGUCAGCAAGGCAAGGUAUUAGUUGUGCCCAGGACCCAUCUAUGCACUGGCAUGCCCCACCUGGCUGCUCUGGGCUGGGGCAGGGCAGAAGCUAUCCUUCAGCCUGUUUCUUGGGGUGUCUGACCAGAAUUGCCUCACCUGUGCUUUCCUGCACAGCAUGGGAGAGGGUGCUGACAUUCUGGAAUGGCAGGACCAUCCCUGGGAAGGGUGUGUGGUGCCUUUUGCUGGGUUGGUGUGUGAUACGGCUGCUGCCAUGUCCUGAAGGGAAGAAGUUCCCUUCAUGGGGUAAUGUUUGUAUCCUCUGUACUGCUGCUCUGUAAAUAAAGAUUUACCCUUGUGUAUAGAA